AUGGCAACAAAUAUUAACAUCAAUGAACUGUAUUUUGAGGCAUGUGCUUGCAUGGAACAAGGCCUUUGCUAUGAUGAAAUCAGUGAUACUGAAAAUGCACUGGCAUUUUAUGAUCGAAGUUUGUUACUCAUAAAAGAAGCGGCGAAGGGAAAGAACUACAAGAGUAGUGAUAUGUAUAAAAUAGCUAUGGAAGGUAAGGAUCGAGUGGAAGCAAGAAUUAAACAUUUAAAGGCGAAUAAGAAAAGACAGAAACAGAUCAAAGAUGUAACAUCUGACACCAAAAAAACAAAAAUGGCGAGUGAAGAGUUUUGGAAAAAGGAAUUUAAAAAGCAAAUCGAACCAGUGCACACUAUAGAGGCUGAGUUGGUAUAUUAUAUACCAAAUGGAGUGCAGCUUUUUAUCAUUGAGAAUGGAACCACUUCAGUUCCUACUGUUCCUUCUUCUCUAGAAAUUUUUCGAUUUUCCUUAGGUCAACAAAGACUGGAAACUAUCCAGAUAGAAGCAUUUAUGCAGGUGGGUCCGUGGUCAUAUCCACUGGUUCAUGGAAAGACACAAGUUUUGAAAAAUGAUUUUGGCGCAUACAUAGUGCCAAAUCCAACUCCAGGGCAUCCAGAUAUGUUUGUUGGGAUCAUGUUACCUAAAAAUUCCGACCUUAAAGAUAAGGAGGAUUUCCAUUCAAUUUUAAGACAUUAUACUGAGAUACGAACCCAGGAAUUAUCUCUCCAAAUGAGUAAAGAAGAAAGACAGUAUCUUAGUCAGAAAAUUGGCGAUUUUUUGGUAAGAGGUGGUGAUUACCUGGCGACAAAUAUAAACUGUGUUGCCCAGAAAACAUCCAGAAUUGUGUCUGACAAAUCAGCACGAAUUCGCUCUUCACUUGUAUCAGAUCAAGAACCAAUGCAAAUAAAUGCAAGCAUUAGAUUCGGUAUACAUUAUGUCCACAAGGGUAGCAAAAUGGUCGCGAAGUGCACAAAAUAUUUAUUGGAUAAAGUUGGAGAUAUGGGUAUAUCAGUUGGAAAGAGUUUAGCGUCUAGUGCAGAGAAACACGUUGCUGGUAGUGAAACUGGUAUUGUUCAUGGCACAGUUUAUGUACUGGGGAGUGGUAUCACCAGUGCAAGCACAGUAUAG